CACCUUCCUGUCAGACAGAUUUACUGCAUCCAGAGUCUCCUCCUGCUGCUCUCAAUAACUGGCACAUUAGCAUUGACAUUAUAUAAACCGAAAGGGAAUUACUGUAACCCUAUCUUUGAUAGUAAUAUGAAGUAUUUGGUUAUACUUCUGCCUUAGAUAAAUUGAUCUACUUUACUAGAAAUUUGAUAACAAACAAUGAAAUGGGAUCUCCACACAUUGUAUCGGCUACAAGCCACAAGCAGGAAAACUCUUGUCAUUGGAGUGAAUAAUUAUCCAACUGUACCACCUGACAGGUCGUAUCUGCAUACCAAUGACUACUGGAGAGGCCAGUUCUAAGGUGUGUGUGCAGCCAGUGAAUACUCUGAAACGGACAACCUCAUGUUAUGUCAAAGGUAUGACUGUGCGUUUCUCUCAUUUGUUGCUUCAGAAGAGGGUCAGGUGAAUUUGUGUUUCUAUUUAUUCAGAUCUUAUCUGUUUUACUCAAUUCUCAUGUAUUCCCUUUGCCAGAUCUCUUCACUGAGCUUUUCAUACGACUUAGAUCAUGACUAUCAUUUGUCAGUGCUGUUUUGCUAUAUGCAGAUUCUAUGAGUAUGAUAGAUCAAUGUCCAUUUUCUAUACAGUUGCCUACUACAGUAUUUCCAUACUGUACUAUUGACACACUUUUACUCCCACAGCCUGUUAUCUUUUACAUUUACAUAGACAUUCACAUUUUGGUCAUUUAGCAGACGCUCUUAUCCAGAGCGACUUACAGUUGGUGCAUUCAACUAAGGGCCCCAAGAAGAGAGGAUGGGGAAUAAGAGCAAUACAUCUUGCGAGAACAUAGAUGACAAAGUCAUACCUAAAUCAUACAGAUAUGCAUUGCUGUCAAUAUACACUAUUGUGCUUAUUGGAGGGAUUAUCAGCAUUUCCCUCAUGAUCAACAACAUCAAGUCCAACGCCUGCUCGGUGACCAGCACAGCCGUCUUGAACCUGAUCGUGGUCCACAUUCUCUUCCUCCUGACCGCGCCCUUCCGCAUCUACUUCUACGCGGCCGGCGAGUGGCAUCUCGGUCUUAACUUCUGCAAGGUGGUCAGUGCUAUGAUCCUCGCCCACAUGUACCUAGCCUUCAUCUUCUACGUGAUAAUUCUGGUGAUCCGCUAUCUCAGCUUCUUCUGGAGUUCUAAGCAGGUGUUCUACAGGAGGCUACACGCCCUGGGGGCCAGUGCUGCUGUCUGGGGCCUCAUGCUCAUUGUGGUGGUCCCUUUAACUGCUGUGAACUAUGGAUCUUCUACAGACAGUAACACAACCACCAGUGACAAUCAGUGCUUUAACUUUGGAGGGAUUUUUGAUGAGAAAAAUGCUGUGGCCGUGCUGAACUACAUUCUCAGUGCUCUCAUCAUCCUAGUUACAUUGGCUCUGGCCUGUUGUCAGGUGUGUAUUCUGUGGUGUGUGUACAGAACUCACAGGGCGAUGAUCUUCUCACAACAGGAGUUUUGGGCUCAGAUCAAAAGUAUUUUCUUUAUGCUGGCCAUUAUAGUAUGCUUUGUUCCAUACAAUGCAUUCAGGAUUUACUAUGUGAGUAAUUUUAAUGACAAUCUCCAGGUGAAGAAUGAGAUUGCCCUCGCUGUCACAACAUUCAGCUGCUUCGACAUGCUGACUUUUAUAGGGAGAGGGUCGUUCAGACCCUGUGAUACAAAAUGCUGUGUAUCAUGAUAAUCAAUACUGAUUAUUGAGUCAAAUAUUAUUCUAUUUGCACCUUAUUUGCACCAUGUUAACCAAAUGUACAAAACUACAGUGUACAAAACAUUAGGAACACCUGCUCUUUCCAUGACAUAGACUGACCAGGUGAAUCCAGGUGAAAGC